AUGGCGACUCAAGCUUCACGAAGCAUUCUCUUCACAAACACACAACCCCAGCAAGGGUUCCGACUUCUCGAAUUGACCCCAGAACUAGAGGAGCUCUUGUCAUCAAAGGAUGCGCCUUGCCUCCAUAUCAAGUCUCCCUCGCUCGGUCUUGCCCGCGCAGUUCUCGAGCCCAACGCCCUGGAAUACGUCAACCUGUGCACACCAACUCGCACCUACCGAAUCCGCCAAGUCCAGUCCUCGAACUCGCUGCACAUCCUCCAGCCAAGUCUGGGCCGCGUGUCGAAAGAAGAUAUCAAAGUGGUUGGAGGGAGCGAUGGCGCCACUGAGGAGAGCUUGAAUCUCGUCGAUGGGACCGUGGCCGCUAUUGCAAAGUGCGGAUCGACGCUGGAGUUGCACACGCCGCAGGAUGGAUUCUCCGCGGUGCCGUUUUUGGAAAAGAGUUUGGCGCUGUUUGAUCGGCGGGUUGGGGACGGGGAUGGGGAUGUGGAUGUGGAUAUGCUUGGUGAUGAGUCUGGUGAUGCUGAUGCGACGGUGUUAAGGGAGCGAGUGUUUGCGGAUGUCCCUGUGUCGUCGGGGCAGUGUGAGGCUGGAUGGAUGGAGAUAUGCGCGUUUGCGGAUGAGCGGCGGCGUCAUUGUUGGAGACCUUCUGCAAGGAUGAGGUUGGGUAUUUGGAAGCGUGUGGUUGAGGGGGCCACGUUACAGGGGAUUGAUCUGAACAAGCAGUUCCUUGUGAGGGAUCUCUGGAAGUCAGUGCUGGAUGAUGAUGAUGACGAUGAAAGUGAGGACGAUGGGGUGAAUGCGCUGUUCCCACGGGCUCUUUUCGAAGCCGUUGUGAGGAGGGUCAGCGUGGGGGACGAGAGACCCCCGCUGUCUGCGGAGCUGAAGUGGGCUAGCCUCGACAAGAUCGAAUGCGCUCGCUGGGUAGGUGAGACCUAUCUCGCAGCCACAGCACCCACGCCAAUGGCAGCGAUUGGGCGAAGCGAGUUCAUUAAUGCCUGGAGAGAUUGUCUGCCCGAGGCUUGGAGGGAAGAGGUCGCUUUGUCGAAAUUGCCGGUGGGAUCAUAUCAGAAUCCUGACCCUACGACGAUAUACUAUGUUGAGCCGUCGCAACGGCUGCAGGCGAGCAAGGGCUCGGCUUCAGCGCCAGCAGCUGCUGCCAACGUCAAAUCUACGAGGAAUUGGCACGAAUUGCUAAAGAAUCCCAAACGCCGUUGA